GAAGCGAAAAUGAUGCAGAUCAACCGGAUGACGACUAUGAGAAACCUACUCUUGGUGACACUGGCCUGCGCCGCAGUCCUAAUAGGAUCGGCAGCGGCGGAUGAGGAAGAGAUCUCCAUGACCGUGGACGAGGUGGUGGAGCUGAUUGAGCCCUUUGGCGAUGGCUGCACCCCCAAGCCAACGAGGGAAAAUAUCGUUGAGAUGGUGCUAAAUAAGGAGGAUGCCAAGCACGAGUCCAAGUGCUUCCGCCAGUGCAUGCUGGAGCAGUUCGAGCUGAUGCCCGAGGGCCAGAUGCAGUUCAACGAGGACAAGACCGUCGAGAUGAUUAACAUGAUGUUCCCGGAUCGUGAAGAUGAAGGCAGGCGCAUCAUUAAGACCUGUAAUGAGAAGAUGGCGGGUCAGACGGACAAGUGUGAAGCUGCCCACGGCAUCUCCAUGUGCAUGCUGCGCGAGAUGCGCUCCGCCGGCUUUAAGAUUCCCGAAAUCAAAGAAUAAGGUCAUCGAGAUGGCCCCCAAUUUGCAUGUUCAUUACUAUUUUUUUUUUUCGUGUUAGUAAAGUUGAAUUUAAUUAGAAAAAGCUCGAGAACUCGUAGUGGUUCCCUACAAAAAUAAAGCGCCCAGCCCAACGAAA